AUGGAUCCACAACGCAGACGCCAGAACUGGUUGCCCUUCGUCAAGGCCCUUCAGGUGUCCGUUCAUCAGUUUAGUGAAAAGCGUCUCCUACGUCAUCGGACCGAAUCCAGUGAGGUGCACAAUCCGCGGAUUGCUCAUUUCAUCUCCGUGGACAAUUUUGGCAACCAGGCCGUACUUGGACAUCGUAAAAGUAGUAAGUAG